GGUUGAUCUUUCCAUGUCGGCACCGCUGUCGAUUCAUGACCUUUCGGCGCUAAAGGUACAUGGACGGUUCACCUGGUGCCCCCAAGUGAUCUGGAUCAUGUAGCGGCAGAACAAGGAGAUCGAAGAGGCUCUCACGAAAGCAGUGUCGAGCUUGAAGGACCUCGGCCUACACGACGAGGGCAUCGAUCGACCUUUCGAAUUCUGCAAGACGACCGGGUCGCACCGCUCUCUGAAACAUUCAGCACCGGUGCACGACAGGCGAAGAAGUGACGAAGCUCAAUCAGCAGUGAUGCAAAUGCAGGCAGCCCAGGCUAUGCACGAGGAGUAUGAAGCGCUAAUUGCAGACAUGUCCAACGAAAUGAAGUUGUUGCGGAUGGAGUUGUCAAGGAAAGUAGCAUCAGCCACCAAGGAUACAGCGGCAAUCGUCAACUUGUCGGCGCAGCUGAAAGCAUCGACAGUCGACCUGCAAGCGCGGACGACAGCUUUAACCGAAUGCAUGGAUCGCAUCCAAGCGCUUGAAACAACCGUUGAGUCACAAACGCGUGCGAUACUGACGAAGGAGACCGAGCUAAAGCAGUUGGAAGCCGACUUGACUGACCUGCGCAGGCAGGUGCGUGCUGCCGCCGCUGCUGCCGACACACAAAAGGGGGAGCUGGUCGUGCUUCAGCGAUCUCUCGACGGGGAACGCUCAGGUCGCAAGAAGGCCGAGAAGCGCGCCGCGGACCUCGAUGCAAAAGUAAAAGUUCUGCAUGGCCAAUGUGCAGUGCUCGAACAAACCCACGCAACAUUUGCUGCGGUUGAUGCCGAGCAUCGAAAGGACAUGCAGUUGGUAGUGGAUCAGCUGGAAGAAACCAAGGGCAUGCUCAGUCGUGUCCAAGUCGACAUGUCGAAUCGAAUUGCCCGGCGGGACACGCGAAUCUCCCGCUUGAAGAUGGCCGUCAUGGACUUUCAACGAGAGAAAAAACAGUGGCAGGACCAAGUCGACCGAUUUAAGAAAGCUCUCGAGGAAGCCGCCACGGCCGACGAUCGAGUCCACAUCGAACGCAUGACGUGCAAGCGCUUGGUGCAGCACUGCGUCCAUCCGCUCUGCGUCGCUGACGCUAGUUGUAGGUGGACGAAGCAAAAGCUGCAGCUGCCCAGGACGCCGCAAGGUGUUUUCGCCUCGAAAAAGAAGUCCAGGAUCUGCGCGCCGAAUGCGCUCUAGCCGAAGAAGCCCGCCGGGUCCAAGCCCAGCGGCACGCGCAAGCGUUGCUCGGGAAGGAAGCGGAAGCCGCGUACGUCUGGGAGAAAUUUGUGCAUCAACAAGCAGCCACUGCGGGGUCGUUGUAGCGUUCAAUUCGCACUUUGUACUCGU